GUGCCCGAGGAUUUCUUCAGCUCCUCAUCACCCCCACUCCCCCUGGACCCCCCAGGCCUAUCCAGCAAGGUCUCUGGGUCUCCCACCCCCAGCCUGGCCAGCCCCCUCCACUGGGCCAGUGGGUUCUACCACCCCAGUCGAGGUCCUGACCUGCUGCUGCCUCCAGGGAGCCCAGCCAGAAGCUGGGAGGCCCAGCCUCUCCUAAACCAGUUUUCCCGGGAGGAAGUCAAGAGGCUAAGUGAGGGCCAUUGGAGGCGCUGCCUGGUGGCCCAGCCCUGCCCCUCUGUCCAGGCUGCCAUGCACACCACAGAAGCGCAGGAGUGUCCAUCACGCUGCUGGGAAGCUCGCACACUUCCCCAGUGCCAGGCCUCACCCAUGUCCAGGGCCCCCCGUUUAUCUGCCCUGUCCGCUCCUUCCCCCGCCCAGGGCCGGGCCACAGCGGCUCCUCAGGUUGCCCCUCCACCUCGUGUCCAGUCUUGCUUCACUCUGGUCUGUCCCCAUAUAGCAGCCAGGGGGACACAUUCAGCGUCAGGCCUGUUUAAACUCUUCCUCGGCAGCUCUUAGAAGCAGAGCCAAACCUUCACCUGGCGUGCCAGGGCCUGCUCGGGCUUCCUCCGGCCGCUCCUUGGCUACCCCCUAGCCUGGGCCUUGGCCACCUGGCCUCCCUCCCCAUGUUCCUCAAACGCUUGAAGUGUUCUCCUGCCUCAGCUGCCGUUCACGCAGCCUCAGCCAGGCAUCCCCCUGCUGGCUCGCCCUCCCGCUGCUCCAAGUGCGGGUCUCCUGGGUCCCUGGAGGCCCUGUCACCCUGAAUCCUAAGUGCUGGCUGUCACAUACUGUGUGUAGUUCCUCGCUUCUGACCCGGGGUUUGCGGGGCCAAGUCUGGCUCUUGGACUGGUCAUAGCAUGCUGCCUGGGCCUCUCCAGCAGAGGCAUCGCCCCUGGAGACUGUCCCCACCCUGGUCCUGGGUCCUCAGUGGGGACCGGAAGGGGUGGGGGAGGGCUGAGGGCUGAAGCUCUUGGAUGCUGGGAACCGACCCAGACUUGGAGCUGCCCCUCCCACGGAGGGUCUUGGCUGUCACCAUCCAAAAAUAGCUUGUGUCUGUGGGCAUGCGUGUCAGGCUGGGUGGCAGUUCCAGUGGGCAGAGCUAGGUGCUGUGGACAGUGGGGUAGAGGGGGACAGCUGCAGGGGGGCUCUCUUGCCCCAGACACAGUGCCAGCCUCAGGGAUAUGCCUGAGCCCCCCCUAUGCCUUCCACCAUGUCCCAUCCCACUUGGUGUUCUGGCCUCCUCCCCAGGUGAUCGGGCUGCUGGACGUGUUCACUCCUGACGAGUCCCUGGAUGAUUUCACAGACUUCCCCCGGUCCAGCUGGCUCCUCUGACUUAAAUGACCCCUGCCUGCAGGCAUCUCUCUCCUUUCUCUGGCGUCCUUCCCUGCCUUUACCUGGUAAUGCCAUUCAUGGGCACUGACCUGGGCAAGCUCAUGAAGCAUGAGAAGCUGAGUGAGGACCGAGUCCAGUUCCUUGUCUACCAGAUGCUAAAAGGCCUGAAGUAUAUCCACGCUGCUGGCAUCAUCCACAGGGACCUGAAGCCCGGCAACCUGGCGGUGAAUGAGGACUGUGAGCUGAAGAUUCUGGACUUUGGCUUGGCCAGGCAGGCAGACAGUGAGAUGACUGGAUAUGUGGUGACCCGGUGGUACCGGGCACCCGAGGUCAUCCUGAAUUGGAUGCGCUACACACAGACUGUGGACAUCUGGUCAGUGGGCUGCAUCAUGGCGGAGAUGAUCACAGGCAAGACGCUGUUUAAGGGCAAUGACCACUUGGACCAGCUGAAGGAGAUCCUGAAGGUGACGGGGACGCCGCCUGCCGAGUUUGUGCAGAAGCUGCAGAGCGCUGACGCGAAGAACUACAUGAAGGGCCUCCCCGAGUUAGAGAAGAAGGAUUUCACCUCCUUCCUGACCAACGCGAGCCCUCUGGCUGUGAACCUCCUGGAGAAGAUGCUGGUGCUGGACGCGGAGCGACGGGCGACCGCGGCCGAGGCUCUGGCCCACCCUUACUUCGAGUCACUGCAGGACACAGAGGACGAGCCCGCGGCCCACAAGUAUGACGAGUCCUGUGACGAUGUGGACCGCACCCUGGAUGAAUGGAAGCGACCCCUCCCACCCGGACAACUGUGUUCCCCUCAUAUCCCACCGGUGUCACGUAUAAAGAGGUGCUCAACUUUAAGCACCCCCAGCAGCUGGGUGCCAAGGCCUCCAAGGAGACGGCACUGUGAAGACCCCUGGGCCCUGAUGGUGUCGGUGAGGAUAUCUUGGAGAUCCCAGCUGGGGUUCCGACCUGGAAGGGGAAUCCGGUUUACUGCUGUGACCUCUGCUUGGGCUUGCACCCCAGGAGACUCCUCAUUACAUGGACUCACUCCCCAAGCCUGUUCCCCUGCUCUCAGGCUGCACUGCAGCCUAGCUUUGGAGGCGCAUCUGAACUUUCUGGACAGGACAUCCACCUGGCCUGGGGCUAGCCUCUGACCCCAUGAGCAGUGGCCCCUUCCCCAGGCUGCAACAAGAAGCCACAGCUGUGGUGGGGCAGGGCUAGGGGUCAAGGACUAGCGUCUGACCCUGCCUGCUCACCAGUGCUGAAGAAGAAAGGACAGGGAGGACGCAGAGCGCUGCCUCAGGGUUGUUGUUCUGGGGGCUGUUGGGGUGGAUUCUUACUCUCCUGCACCCCCGGCCUGGAAAGUAAAUUGGCCAUGCGCUGUGCCCAUAUGGCUGGAAGGAAGCAGACCCUUUUGUAGA